CCACCAUAGCCGCGUCCGGCUGAUUAGCGCGGCGCGUAGGUUGUGCAGUUGUGCAAGUAGUUGUGGUAGUUGUGUGUGUGUGCUGUCGUCCGGUUGUUCUAUUGUUUACACUGAUUUGUGUCGGUUGUCUUCACCCAUCGCUCAUCCCGUUAAGAGCUGACAUGCCGACCCGCUCCGAGAGCACCGACGGGUCCAGUUCCUCUGGUCGCAGUGGUGGCUCCAACGACACGCUUCCCGCAGCAGACACGUGGGGCUCGUGGCAUGCAGCAGGAGAGUCUCACAACCGCUGUCUGCAGUUUCGGGUGAACAACGCACAUGCCCGUGUGAGUUGCCUACUUUGUGCCACUCCGAUGGGUAGCCCCCGGUGGUUGGUUCCCUUUGUUGGACGCCGGCUGCCUCGAGAGCUUGCCAAGCGCCUCACACAUGCCUCUCAGCCAGAGCAGGUUCAGGCAGCACUUUGUUCCAGCUUGCAGGCUGUACACGAUGCCUGGCUGCAGAGCCUGGAGCCGACGCUGAGCCGGCGAGAUGAGCUCCUCCGAGCCCCGGACCAGGGUCCCGGUGAGGCAUCCCUGGCCGCCCUGGAGGCAGAGCUGUCGUCGGGAUGCUCCCUGGCGCUUGCUGUCGUCAUGGAUGGCGAGCACCUCUACGUCGCCAACCUAGGGCGCACGCGAUUGCUGCUGCUGCGCGGAGGAGAAGAGGAGCCGCAGCUGCUGACAGUGGAGCACAGCAUGCACAAUGCAGAUGAGCUGGCCCGCCUGGCACGGCUUGGUCUAAACACCGACGCCCUUGUGGAAGAAACCCUUCCCGUCACUCGUUGCCUCGGUGCACACCCACGCCGACGGCGCCCCGACGGGCCCGACCCAGUGUCAAACGAGCCAGAAAUGUGUGGCCCGCUGAGCGUGGAGCCAGGCUGCCGGCUCGUCUUCCUUUCCGAUGGCCUCUGCACAGCCCUUAACUGCUCAGGAGUUGCAAACCAAGAGGCGAACCAACUGGUUGCAAAGCUGGCAUCACAGCCCGGAAGCGCCCGACAGGCGCUGUCUCAACUGCUCGACCAUUGCGAGCUGCCAGCUGGCUGGCCUCAUGAGCUCACACUCAUGGUGGUGUCGCUGUGCGAGGAGGAGGCCCCUCCGCCCGCACCUCCCGUGACGGAUGGUCGUGUGGAUUCGUACGUCGACUUCACGCCCCUCAUUAGUGCCUUGGAAGCAGCACGCUGACACAGGUCUUGCAACUGUUAAAGCUCUGCAAAGGUCCAAUCAGCCGAGACAUUGUUCAGUGACAUGGCGUUUGCUCCAAGUGACGUAUAGACGGCCAUAGUUGCAAUCAUAUGAAGCCAACAGAAAAUGAAGGCAAAAGAAUAAUAGGGGGAAUCAACAGUGUUGUUUAAAGCAGAAUUAAUUAUGAAUGAGGGUGAAAUUUGUGAUAAGCUUCAUGCUCUUAAUAAAGGGACAGAGAAAUAAAAGUGAAAUGACUACGUGCCGCUGGUGCUACCAAUACCCACAUCUUGCCCAUUAUGUGUGCGAUGCAUUAGCAUUGAGUUACAGUUGUGUGUUUAUGUAUGCAUAGUAGACCUAAUGUUGAAUUCCAAUGGCGGAGCCGGAGCAGCCGACGGACUCCGCGAGUGAGCACUCGACUCUGGCGUAGAGCAACGCCUCCAAAUCCGCGAGUGGAAUACAACCUGCGCCGCCGGAGCAAGGCGGAAGUUCUAUCCUUGGGGUGCCAAGUUACCCAGGGUACCUUGCGUGUUGUCAUUCCCUUCUGCUGUUUGCUCCCAGCACCGCCGUACCGGUCACUUGUCUUUUCAGCGCCGUUAAACCCGCUGCUUAAAGCUGCAAAAUGGAUAUCUUGCCAAUUAAGCGUGCUACAGCUUUUGUUUGCUAGUGGUGAGCACACAGAAUGCGGACAAACAUGGUAGGUGUCUCCGCAACUUGAAGGACGUCCUCGAUGAAGCUCACUACUUCGGGUCUCUUCGCGGGAAUGCGGAACAUCCUGUCGAAUUCCCGCUCAUAAGCGGCAGUUUCAGCGUCGCUGGCACUAUCCGGGAAGUCGCUCGUGUCGAACUUGAGCUUUCCGACUCGGAGCUGUCGCUAUCGAGUAGCAGAAGCAAUGCCGCACGCUCUGCCAAACUAGCCGAGCCGUUCAUUUCGUCCGCCAUUACCAUCGCGAGUCGCGACCGGCUGCGCCCCCCAGCAGACAAACGUCGUAAAGGAAAUGCGUCACGCAGAGUUCCGGUCCACUCCGCCGAUUUUGGCGGAGCAUCUUUUCCUGCUCCACGGAGUCACUCCCACUCUGAAUCCACUCCGACUCUCUCAUUGGAACAUUUUACUCCCGCUCUCACUCUGUCAUUGGAACAAACUUGCUCCGAAAAGAGCCGAAAAACUUGCUCCGACUCUGCCAUUGGAAUUCAACAUGAGUCCUAGGCAUGUUAGCCAGCGCCACUCACAGCCAUGCUGGCAGAUGUGGAACAUGUAUCACUUAGCAUGUAUCAAGCAAAAGGCCAAUAAACUCUCAUAUUCCGUCUCGUGGCAUCAAGGCCCUCAAUAGGCGACAAGCGAGAAUAAUAAGGCGAUUUGAGGUGCUCGGUCAUAAACGGUGACAACUGAUGAAGCCCACAGACAUUGAAUCCGUGAGAACACAUUCCAAGCUGUCAUUGUUAAGAAUUCGCCAACCUAAAAUCUACCAAGUGAUAACUUAUGGACAGUUAGCUUCACAAGUCUUUUCUGCAGUAUGUGCAAGUGCUUGUAAGUGCCUGGUCACAUUUAAGUAGGCUCGAUACAAAAAAAUAAAUGUACAUAUAUUUGGCAAUAAAAUGUUAUUAAGCUAUCAAAAUAUAUCCUUUUUUGUAGCACUGCUAUGUCCAAGCUGUCCUAUGGUGUUUAUCAUGCCGUGAGCAUUGCAGUGGAAAGGUAGUCUGACACUGCCGUCACAUCUUGCUGCGGAAUAGAAACACAGGUAAGUGUGCCCACCACACUAGCAGAAAGACAAGCAUGUCAAACUGGUCACAUCAAAACACACCAAUGAUGUCACAUUGGCCACAUCGGCCGGCGUCUCUGCCGAGCUCAACACCGCGUCUCGGCAGCUUUGCUGGGACAUGGUGGACAGAACAAAGUGGCAGCUCAAGUGUUGGUGG